AGAAGAAGUAAACGGAAGUAAGCGUUGACCAAGAACAAUUUCCACGUUAGCGUUUUUGUUAGAUUCAUUAACACAAUGAAACUCAAACUAUGACUCAUUUAACUGCAUACCAUCACAUACUUGCCCCAGAUAGUCUUUAAUUUGCGUUGGAGACAAGACUUGGUUGAUAGAUGUUAGGUAACGCUAGCUAGCUAGUAACGUUAGCUGUUAACAAGGAUAACGGUAUGGUUUUUCACACUCAAAUAGCCUCCAUCAUGGAGGUGCUAGCGAAUGCAGCCGUGGCAGAGAUCUGUAAAAUCGUAGACGACGACUAUGCAGUGUUUCGUUUGGAAAUUUCCCAAAGCCAGAAAGAAAACAGGACAUUGCGGAGGAAACUACAGCUAAUAGAACUGAAGGUAUCACGGGAGCGCGCAGAGAGGAGAGCGCGUCCUCGCCAGUCGUCCUAGUAGUGUCAAGAUCAUUGACCGAUACAGAGGAAUGGCAAGAGGUGGAGGCCACAGGAACUUUGUGAUGCCAGCAGGACACAGUACAUGGAGCGAUGACCAACCAAUCACUGUUGAUGAGGGGAGUGGAACCUCAACCCAGCAUGUUAUCAUGAUAGAGUCUGCAGAGGCAGCAGGUCCUGGGGUCAAGCUGGAGAGGUCUGAAGGAGAAGAAGACCCACGGCACAGCAGAGACAUCCAGACUGGAGCAGCUGGAGUGCCCCCUGUAGCCACAGAGGACCCCACCCCAGCACAGCCCAGGACCCAACGCAGCAUCACGGAGGUCAGUGGAACGCAGAACGUCUUCCUCAAGUCAGAAACAGAUAUCGAGACUUUAACGGGGCUGGGUCGACUGGGUUGUCCUCCUGCUCCCCACUCAGAGCAUUUACUUUAUGGUAACACGAGCCCGAGGACAGUUUUGUCUCAUCAAGACCCAAGUGACACGUUACAGACUGGCAAUGAUCCAUCCUGUUCAUACUCUACAGGGACAGAGAUUAUACCUGGUGACAUGCCUGUGGGCUUAGAGUUACACAUUGAUCUGUCUAGAGGGGACUGGAACCGGUACAGUAGUAGUGUACACUCUGAAGGGUUACUAGAUAAGAAAGGGGAGGGUCUGGUCGUAGAUGAGGUAAAAGUGGAGGGCGACAUUCCUCUGACAUGGAAUGCAGACGAGACUCGGUUAGAAGGACACUCGCAGGGCAACACCAGUGACUUCGUAGACUACAGGGAAAGCUUAGAGACUAAUCUAAAUGUUGCAACCAACUCCCCUUUACAUGCGUUCAGGGAUCGCGACCCAGUGUCUAAGUCGAUGGCACCUUCCGAUUCACACGGCCGCAACCUUUUCGAUCAGGUAUUAAACUCAAACGACAGGGCUAGAGCCCAGACUCAGGGUGGGGGAGCAAUAUCAGGCAAUAGUAAAGAUAAACGGUUCCUCUGCAUGUUCUGUAACAAAGGUUUCAGCUGCUCCCAGAAGGUGGAGGUCCACCAGAGGAUCCACACAGGGGUGAAACCCUUCAGCUGUACCCAGUGUCACAUGUGCUUCACCCAAGCUGGCACCCUGAAGAGGCAUCAUAGGGUCCACACAGGAGAGAAACCCUUCAGCUGUACCCAGUGUCACAUGCGCUUCGCCCAGGCUGGUGACUUGAAGAGGCACCAGAGGGUCCACACGGGAGAGAGGCCCUUCGCCUGUAUGCACUGCAGGAGGAGGUUCUCAGAGAGGGGUUGCCUCAGGACACACCAGCAGAAAAACCAUUCCACUGUAUAACAUAGAAAGUAAAAAUUCCACCCGACUUCCACCUGACUUUUAGAUCAAACCCUGCAUUAAAGACAAAGAUUUAUUGUCAUUGUUGUCUGAAGAAAAGAUCCACAGAUGAAUUUGGAAUAAUGAGAGUAACAGAUUUCAGUGUUCAAUAUUACUGGGUAGAAUAUUGCAUCCAGCCAUUGUGUGAUAUAUAAGCCUAAAAAGUAUGUUACAUAUUGUGUUUGUACUGUGUAGGCUAUAUGAAUUUCACAAAUGCCUUUUUCAUUCCUUUCAACUUCCUUUCAACAACUUAAUUUUUUCCCCCCAAGACACUUGAAUGAAUGCAGAUGUUUUUGUUGAUGUGUAUGUGUGGUUUUCAUAUUAUAUAUUUAACACUUGUUUAUGUUUAAUAAACACAAAGUGUGACUUUUCAUUCUAA